AUGAGUUCUGAUGAGGAAUAAGAUAAUUAUAAUGAGGAUUAGAUCAUCAAUUUGAUUUCUGCCUUGCAACAGAAAAUAAAGACAAAUCGAACCAAUAAUGGAAUGAUGAAAACUACUAGAAUUAGUGAAUCAGAUCAGUGGAAUGAAUUCAGAGAGACCUAAAAAGAGAAACCUUAGUUAAACAAUUUCGGUAAUUCCAAUGAAUUCAGUUUGUAAAGAGAAUAAUCAAAGCACUCAAGUAUUUCUGAGAAUUUGAGUGACUUUAUUGUAAGGACAGAUAAACCUGCCAAAGAAUCUCAAUUGAAGACUUAAUAAAAUCAAUCCCAAGAUUCAAGUGAAUUGACUGAAUUGAAAUAGAAGAUGGAUUAUUUACUAAACCAAAGGGAGAAGGAUUAGGAGAUGUUGGAGUAGAUUAAUGCGGGGUUGAUGUUUCUGAUUAGUCAGAUUCCUAAGCCAAAACAAACAAGUUCAAUUGGAGUGCAGACUGUUAGUUAAAGGGAGAAUUCUUAGAAUCAGUCUACUCCGAAUGUUAAGAAGACUGCCCAAUAGACGGUGCAACAGAUGUUUUAGGAGCCAGACAGAUAUGCAUUUCAGGAGAUUAGAAACUUUUGUUUUAAGCGGUGAUUUAGGUUUAAUUAAAUUGAAAUUAUUAAAUGUUGAAAUUUGUAAUAUAUUUAUUAAAAUAUUAAAA